UCUAGACCUGGACAAGGAUGAACUACCUAUGGAAAGGGCCCUUGGAGUGGACUGGUGCAUAGAAUCAGAUUCCUUCAAGUUCCGGAUCCAUGUGAAGAACAUGCCCAUCACCAGACGGGGUAUUCUCUCGGUCGUAAGCUCAAUAUACGACCCCCUUGGAUUCCUGUCGCCGUUCAUUCUUCUUGCGAAGACCAUCGUUCAGGGUCUCUGUCGAAUGAAACUUACCUGGGAUGAAGAAAUUCCAGAAGACAUGGCAAACAGAUGGCUCGCCUGGCUGUCCGAUUUGAGCCAGUUCACCAGCUUUUCUGUCAGGAGGUGCAUCAAGCCAGAGGGAUUUGGUCCAGUGAUGUCAGCACAGCUGCACCAUUUCUCCGACGCUAGCGAGACGGGCUACGGCGUCGUCACGUACCUCCGCAUCGAGAACAGCCACGGUCGAGUCCACUGCUCAUUUCUUUUAGGGAAAUCCAGAGUGACGCCGCUUAAACCUGUCACAAUCCCACGCCUCGAGCUCACCGCGGCUACCAUUGCAGUGAAAAUGGAUAAGCUCAUGAAGGAAGAGCUUCGGAUGGACCUCAAAGAGUCUGUGCUAUGGACAGAUAGCACCACCGUCCUCCGAUACAUCGACAACGACGACGCUCGUUUCAAAACAUUCGUAGCAAAUAGAGUAUCGACAAUCAGAGAGAACACAAGGCCAGCACAGUGGAAGUAUGUCAACACGGCUUCUAACCCAGCUGACUACGCAUCAAGAGGAAUGAAGGCAGAGCACUUCAUGAAGUGUCAGAGCUGGAUUGAAGGUCCCGACUUCCUAAACAAGAGUGAGGCUCACUGGCCUGUCCUAUCAGAGUUCUCAAGAGUGAUAAGUGAAGAAGACGCUGAAGUGAAGCGUAUGAUCAGCGUGAACAUCAUCAAGACUGUAGAUUCAAGCACAGACCCUCUCUUCAAGCUGAUUCAUCAUUACUCUGACUGGCACAGCCUGAAGAAGGCUGUCGCCUGGAUGUUGAGGCUGAAGGAACUGCUUCAAAGUCUGUGCGAAACAAGGAAGAAGUUUGGGUCUCAAGCCCAGUCUUCAGAAAGCCAAGACGCAAGAAUUAAGACAGUUGAAAACCACAUGCAGAAAUGGAAAUCUACCCUGAAAGGAACCCAUUUGACUGUCAAGGACAUCAGAAGGUCAGAAACUGCGAUCAUUCAGUUCCACCAAAGUCAAACCUUUCAUGAGGAGCUUCACGCUCUGCAGAAAGGUGAAAAGAUCAGGAGAAGCAGUUCUAUCGUGAAGCUGGAUCCCUUCCUUCAAGAUGGGGUUCUCCGGGUUGGUGGAAGAUUGCACCAGGCGGCCUUGCCAGAACACACAAAGCAUCCAACUAUCCUGGCCAAGGAUCACCACAUCACGACCCUGGUCAUCAGGAACGCUCAUAAGGAAAUCGGACAUGGAGGGAGAAACCAUACCCUUGCUCGGCUGAGACAAAGGGUCUGGAUAUGCAAAGGAAAUGCAGCGUCAGAGCAGUCCACAUAG